AUGUUUACGUUUAUGUUCGUGGGUAUCACGUUUGAACGAACGAAAAGAGAAGGAGAGAAAGGAAUGCGUUUUCAACACCUCGGAGAUACUCUGAAUACGACCACGGAUGAUAGUGCCGAGAAUACGACGAGUACUACUAAGUUAACGUUCACGUUAUACACCGCGUGUUCCCCAAUGGACAAAGUCUUGCCCACGCUGAGAGGCAAAGGAAGCGACGAUAUCAAUGACGACGAUAUGAAAGAAUACGACUGGUUUUCCAGAGUCAAAGCGAAACUUGUACUCAAAGACGACGACGAGAAUAUCGGCGGGAACGAUUUUAGCUUCAACAGAGGUAUUCCGAUGGAGCAGAUAACAUGCGGCGAGUAUCGCGUCGAGACGGGGUUGAUGAAGCGAGGGACGGCGUUUGGGUUCGCCUUGUACGAGAUACCACCCAAAGAUGAUGAUGAUGAUGAUGUUUCGAGUUUAGGAAGAUUGAUACAUUACGAAAACCAACGGAACGACGCGUACGAGUUCGAACCUGAGGGAGCGGUCGUGGUGAAAGAUAUCGGGUGUUUGACGACCGAUCCCAAGAGAGUGGAUAAAAGGUGCCCGUGGGGUGAGAGAGGCGGCGUCGUCGGCGGGUACUCGUCCUCAAUCGCGGAAGACGAACGCGAACAUCCGUUUGGAAUGCGCGAGUGCACGUAUAAGUACGAAUACGGCGACGUGACGUUUUAUAACCGAGUCUUUGACGGGAAGCAGUUGGAGUACGUGUGGGGGAGUUGUUUAGAGUCGUGUCCGGCGUUUACGAAACAUCCGUUUUGCGCCGCCGCGGCAACACCAACAUCACCACCCAUAGAAGAAGUAGAAGAAAAGAAAGAAGAAGAAGAGGAAGAAGAAUCAUCCACGAGCAAUCAAACCUCCGAAGGCAACGACGAAGAAGAAGAUGAGGAAAACGACGAAGAAGAGUUUACGUGCGAAGAUGGCCAUCACGUCAUCAACGACGGAGAGACGAAUUCCUGCGGCGAAUGCCCGCCUGGUUCUUUUUCGUUCACGCCGAACGACGCGUCUUGCCAACUGUGUCCGAAAGGAUUUUUCCAACCGUUCGGUAAGAGCGAACGGUGCGAGGCGUGUCCGAAAGGCAUGUACCAAGACGAAGAAGGUCAGAGGUUUUGCAAACCGUGCGACGGAUCGGAGAUAUCUCCGGACGAUAUGACAGAAUUGAAGAUGGAGGAGUUGCACGACGAAGGCGUACCAAUCGGUGGCGUCGCAUGGAAAAUGGUAUCACCCGCCACUAAUGAUUCGCCAUCGUCGUCUCGUUUAGGUGUCACAAAGCGUCGUUCGUCUCGUCGCGAACAAAACAAUAGCAAUCGUAAACUGUUAGGAGGAGGUUUAUUCGGUAAAGGCGGGUGGUUCUCGGACGAUGACGACGAGAACGAUAUCAACGGCGACGGCGUCGUCGACGCGAGGGACGUCAUCGAGCGAGAAAUUGAAGACGCGAGAGCGAAAGGUAAAGGCGCGGAGAGUAAAGAUCAGUGCGUCGCGUCGUCUGCUUCGCCGGUCAUCGUCGUCGACGACCAGGACGGUACCAUCGCGACGAACGACGACAAGAGCACGCCGAUUGACGUAAACGUCACGAGUGAAAUGACGAAAGAUAGAGUGAUUCCAAUGCCGACGACGCCGAAGGUAAACGUCGUCGUGAGCGACGAAGCGAAAGAGGCGAGGAAAGACAGAGAACCGGAAGCCACGUUUGAAUCCGCGGCUCAAGAGACUCCUUUUCCGGUCAACACUCUUGACGCGGCGGCGGGUAAUGUUUCCACGAAAGCGACUGAGAUUGAUCCGGAAGUCAUCGCCGACGAAGCCGCGACGCUUAAAAAUUCCGUCCGUCACGAAAAAGAGCUGAACGAUUUGCUUCGAGAAAAGGAAGUCGACGACGACGAUACCAUCGUGGACAAGAAAAUCGUGAAAGAAGAGGCAAUCAUCGAAACGUUCGAGAAAGUAAACGUCAAAGAACUCGAGAAGAUUGAUCAGACGUUAGCAUCCGUUGCCGCUGAGGAAGCGGCGACGGUAAAAGACGCGUCCUUAUCCACAUCGGUAGAUGUCGAAGAAACCAAGGAGGAUUCAACGGCGACAACGACGAGGAUGACAUCUUCUUCUCCUUCUUCUUCUUGCGACGAAACCGUGCGAGGUGAAUUCGGCGUCGGCUACCGCGGGUGUCAAACGACCACCAGAACUGGGAAGAAAUGCAUCGACUGGUCCAAACAACCGUUCGGGAGCAAAUACGGCGUCGCGCACGCAAAGUGGUCGCACCAAUCGCAACCCGAUUUCAUGGAUGAAAAUCCGCGGAACUAUUGCCGAAACCCGAGCGCAUCCGCGGAUGGCAUUUGGUGCUACGUGGACGCGCAAGGCGGCUUCGAUUCGUGCGAACCAAUCAAACGAUUUGCCGCCGGUUUAGGCAUCGACAACCUUCCCAUCGAAGAAGAAGAAGAAUCAAAAGAAGUUAAAGAACAAGAAGAACAAGAAGACGUCUUCACCAUCGCCGCGGCGGAUCGUUUCGAGAAAGAAAAGCAAUUUAGAGUUUAG